UUAAUUUUAUACCAGUCGAGCGUCUCCUGAGGCUAUUUUGUUUAUUUUGCUAUUAAAUUCAACAUAUUGAAGAAACAAGAAACCACACAAAGCCGGUGAAUAUGAAGUUACUACUUGUGAUGUUAGUCAUCGUUAUGGGAGUGGAUGCAGGUGGUGCUCCCCCAUCCAUCAGUGUGCCCCAAGGAAAUAAUUGGCCAGAACCUGUCUCAUACAUCCGGUCUGGCACCAAGAAGACAAUCACAUGUACAGCUAAGGGCUCUGCAACACUCAAGUAUCGGUGGACGGUUGAUGGCAAUCCGGUGAUAAACAGAGUCAACCAAGUCGAGUUUAGUGAAAGCAAUGGGACAUUGUUCAUAGGAGAAAGGUUUGAAGUGUCUCAUUCUGGGAAUUAUUCCUGCGUCGUCAAAAAUGACUAUGGAGAAACCAUGACCCCUUAUCUUCAAUUAAUCAGAGCUGAUUCUGGCAACCUAUUUCCUGGUAAUCAGAAUACCCCUGCAGAAAACAUUCAGUUGAAUCAGUACAACCACUAUGCAUUGGAGUGCAAAAACAAGCCUUCCAGCAUGCCCCCGCUUGAGAUAUCAUGGGAAAAUGGCACUAUGAAUUCUCUUACUUUCACUAUGACAGAGGAGGUCCAACCAUCCAACCGUCUUGUUAUGCAACCAGAUGGUACCCUUCAUUUUCUGUGGUUGACUUCCGCAGAUAGCCAAUACUUUCGUUGUGUUGGGACCAACAAAAUCAACGGAGUUACUGUGUCAAACCCACAGAUCCUGAAGCUGAAUGUUGCAACAGGUCAAGAUAAUAACCGUGCCCCAGAGAUUAAGUAUAAUGAUGAUGUUACAGUGAUGGCUGGGGAGGAUGCUGUACUCACAUGUAUCUUCUCCUAUUACACAAAGACAGGAGAAACUUUAAGGAUAGACUGGACGUUUAACAACCAGAACUUGGGUUCCGGAACGAAGUUGACACUGCCCAAGGUCAAGGUUCCCGAUGACAAGCAGAGUCAGGCGGGAGAGUACAUGUGUGAGGCCCACCUUGUGGGAGUGCAGCCUGUACGAGCCAAAGUCAUCCUGAAAAUCACAUCGCCACCAGAGUUUCUGCCUGCUGAGAAGCCAGCCCACCUGUCCUCUCCUGUAGACAAGGAUGCCACAUUCCACUGCCGGGCCACGUCAUAUAACGCUUACCAGGGGCCGCCGGUAUGGAUGAUCAAUGGGAAACCUCUCAUUGGUUGCCCCCCAUUCUUCUUCGACUGUGGUCAGCCAAUUGAAGGAUAUUCCAGGUGUAUUCCCAUCAAGCAGUUCUGCAAUAGCAACCCAGAUUGUCCUAAUAAUGCUGAUGAGAUUAACUGUCCUAGCAAAACCUGCCCAGAAGGCACCAAGUUGUGUUAUGAUGCCUGUAUACCGAAUGCUCAGACCUGCGUAGCCCCUGCAACCUGUGAGUUCCCAAACUUCAGUUGUGAUCAAGGCAAGAAGUGCCUGACUCGUUCUCAGAUAUGUGACGGUAUUGCGCAAUGUGGGGACGGGAAGGAUGAGGAAGGCUGUGCCGGAAAGGCUAUGAUAGAGAGGGGGAAAUUCAGAUUGAACUCCCAGAGAACCCAGCUUACAAUUCCCAGGGCACAGAAGACCGAUGUCAUGUGUGUGCAGUGCCUGGUUAGCAAUAAGUAUGGCAACAUCUUUGGGGACGGCUGUCUAACAGUUAUAGACAAGAUUCAGAUAGACAAGGGCCCCAAUGCCACAUAUGACGUUGAGCCCAAUAUGGAGAUUGUCAUCGACAUUGUUGCCCGCACAGACCCAGACUGGCAGAACCAGAUGAGCUACCAAUGGUUCUGGUACAUGCCUGUAACCACGCCGACUGGUGACAAGAUUAUAGAGAAGCAGCAACUCCCACCCACCUCCAGCUAUAGCCAGUACUUCAAGCUGUCAAUGUCGGGCAAGGAGCUGACCUUCACCAUACCCGACGUGAAAACACCGGUAAUGGAGGGCAAUACAGCCGAGUAUGAUAUCUACCAGGACCUGACGGAUGACAGACUGUUCUCCAUCAAUAUCAGCCACCAGUUUGACCAUAGAGUGGUGAACUUCACAGUGAAAGGAAAGGAGCUGGAAAAACCAAAGCCUGUGCCAGUGAUCAAGCCUGCAGGAUUCAAUCUGUGGUUUAUUGCUCUGAUUGUGGGUAUCCUGGUAGUGUUUAUCGUUGUGGCCCUUAUCAUCUGCUAUAUGUACCGGAACAGAGGUGGUACCUACCCAUUGGACAAGAAGGAGAAGAAGGCAGGCAACAACCCUGAACAGGAACUGAAAGAGAAUGAUUUUCAGGAUGUGGGGAGAGUUGAUGACUUCUUUGAUGAUACCAGAGAUGCGGAGACCGGUAUAAAUGCAGAGGAGCGACCAUUGAGUAGUGGCAUGGAGGAUGACAAUGGAUACCACUUUGCAGAUGAUGUGAACGGCAGUAAAUUCCAGGAGGACGGCUCCUUCAUUGGAGAAUAUGGAGAGAAGAAGGCUCAUCACAGCUCCAAGGAGGCUAUUGUGUAGGAUCCACAGAUCUAGUCUAGUGGUGUUACUAAUAACAGUUUAAUUACAAAUUUUUUAAAAGGUUUCUUUCUGUCUUUGAAAUGUCAGUGGGUAUUCAGUGUUGAAUGUAUGAUAAGAGAAAUGAUGCUUGACUACUUGACUACUAUGAACAUUUAAUAGCCCAUUUAGUGUUCCAAAAAAGAUAAAUGGUGGUUUGAAUUUGCUUGGUUUGUUGGUAAAUAUUUUCUGCUUUGAAAAUGAAGGUAGUCAAAGUUGUGAGCAUGGUAAAUUAUAGUGAAUUUAAUGUGAUUGAUAAACAAAUUCAUGUAUAUCUGGUUGUGUUUUUUUUGUUCUUUGAUGACAGAUAUGAGUUAAUAUGGUGUCAUUGUUUUACAAAGGACUUCUGUAAAGAGUGUGCAGGUUUUAAUUUCCCAUUCAACAAUACAGUUGUGUUAUAUAUCUUGAUAUGGAAUUGCUAUAUUAAAAAGCAUUUUUAAUAGUUAUGUUUACAUUUUGGUUGUGAUUAUUGUAUCAUAAGAUGAAAACAUUAUUUUCAAAGGAGAGAGUAUAAUAAACCUCGCUAGAAAAAAAGAAAACAAAGUUAAACUAACAGCACCUACUUCAAAAUACAUCAAUGAUUAGAAUAGAAGUUGUUUGCCUGUCUCAUACAAGUUCACUCUUUUAGAUUUCAAAAUUGUAAAUAACAUAAAUUAAUGAUUGCUUUGUAUGUGCACCAUUCUAGCAGAUCUGAAAGUAAUUUGUAUUUCUUUUCCUAGUGUCUGUUUGACAGAAAUCAGAGCUUCAUAUAUACAUUUGACUAAUUUUAUAAUUAUUUUAUGUUAUAGAGUAAAAGAGGUACUACUGAUAAUGCUGACAAAUAAGCCAUAUAUAACUUUGCGUCAUUAAGACACACAUUAUUUGAUAGUAUAAUAAAUAUUCUGUCAUAUAUCCAUCAAAGAUGUGAUACUGUGUAUUUUAUUAAUAUAAGUAUAAUGGUGCAUAGAACAUGACCUAUCACUGUGAUUCCAAAGUUUAAUGUAAUAAUUCAUGUCCUUAGCUGUGUGCUGCCUUAUUAUUGAUAAUGUUUGGUUAUGUGCCAGUCUCAUGAAUCAAAUAUAAUUUACACUGACAAUCUCACACAAUAUCGGGAUAACAUUGUUUAAUUCACAAUUUUUAGUGCAAAGCAUAUUUUUGUAAAAAAUAAGUUUGACAUAUUCAAUUUUAUUAUGCUGUGGAAUAUUUGUAUAACGUACAAAUGUAUUGACAUUAUCCAAGUGUUAUACAAUCAGAUCAGGUGUUUUGACAUUUAAUUUGCGUAUGUCAGGCAUUUUUUUCCUAUUCAUGUUGCUGUGUGCAUGGACUGUAUGUAAAUUUUAUACAAGUAAUUUGCAUUUUACGCUUCAGUCUUUCUUUCUCAAUUAUAAGUGUUGUUUUGGUCUUCCAAUAUUGUUUUGAUUAUAAAAAUAUGUAAGCUUUGUUGUUUUAGUUUAAUCAUUAUCUGAGUAUAGAACAUCUUUGUAUAAUCAUCAAAGAAAAAGAAAGAGAAUCAUGUGUAGAUCUAAUAAUGAAAAGCAUUUGUUGUGUGACUUUGAAGAACUUACUUUUGUUUUAUGUAAUCAAAGUCUAUGAAUUAAUUAUUCUGUAGUGCAGAUAUAGUAUGUAAGAGUAUAUUUUAUUUCUCCUCUCUUGUACUAGAGCUAUUUAUUAUUGUACUACAAUAUUUUUAUGUGAUUAUAUCAUAUAGUCAGCAUUAGCUUCAUAAAUGUGUUGUGUGAGUGUAACAACUUUUCAUCUUAAAUCCUGAAAGCUUGAAAUCACAUCAAAUUAAUGCAUGAAAAUGUGUAUAGAAAAAGAAUGAGGUCUAAAUCUGUUGCUUUAACAGCGAGUUAAGCUUAUCAUAUCAAAAGUGAGUAAAAAAUAUAACAGAAACCAUUCUUCUAAAACAUUUCAACAUGAAAUGUUUCUUCUUAUUUAAUUAAAAUUGAGACAAAGUUUAAAGUUUUUGCAUCCAUUGAAUGACUGUUGUUUAAGUUUGAGCAACAGAUCCCUGUAUAUCUGAAUUCUUUGUAUCCAUGCAUUUUUAGCUCACCUGAAUGCUCAGGUGAGCUUUUGUGACCGGUCUUUGUCCGUCUUCCGUCCCUCGUCCACAUUUGGUUUGUAAACACUCUAGAGGCCACAUUUCAUGUCGGAUCUUCAUGAAACUUGGUCAGAAGAUUUAUCCCAAUGAUAUCUCGAUCAAGUUUGAAACUGGGUCAUGCUGGGUCAAAAACUAGGUCACUAGGUAAAAAAAAAGAAAAACCUUUUAACACUGUAGAAGUUACAUUUCAUGCUCAAUCUUCAUGUAACUUUGUCAAAAUGUUUGCCUUAAUGAUAUGUUGGUCGAGUUCAAAAGGGUCCGGUCCGUUGAAAAACAUGGCCGCCAGUGGGCGGGGCAGUUUUCCUUAUUUGGCUAUAGAGAAACCUUGUCAACACUCUAGAAGUCACAAUUUUUGCCCAAUCAUCAUGAAAGUUGGUCAAAACAUUGGUUUUAUUAUUAUCACGGACGAGAUCAAAAAUGGUCCAGAUCGGCCCAAUUUUCAUGAAAGUUGGUCAGAACAUUUGUUUCCUUGAUAUGAGAGUUGAGUUCGAAAAUGGUUCUGGUCAGUAAAAAACAUGGUUGCCCGGGGGGGUGGGGGGGGGGGGGGCAGUUUUCCUUAUUUGGCUAUAGAGAAACCUUGUAAACACUCUAGAAGUCACAAUUUUUGCCAAAUCAUCAUGGAAGUUGGUCAAAACAUUGGUUUUAUUGAUAUCUCGGACGAGUUCGAAAAUGGUCCAGAUCGGUGAAAAAACAUGGCUGCCAGUGGGCGGGGCAUUUUCCUAAUUCGCGAUUAGUGAAUAGACUUAUUUUCUAGUGAAAGGUGUGUGAUUUAAGGAGUGAAUAGUGUGAACGUGUAAUAUAGAGUGUUUAUAUUCGGUGGAGGAUUAUUCACUGUCUACAAACGAUUGUUUGGUUCCUCUACAAAGGGGGUUCAAGAAGAACACAAAACAGAACAUGGCCGCCAGUGGGCGGGGCAUUUUUUUCUAUAUGUAUAUAGUGAAAACAUGUGAACACUAUAAGUCACAUUUUUGGCCCAAUUUUCAUGAAAUUUGGUCAGAACAUUUGUUUCCUUGAUCUGAGAGUUAAAAAAACAUGGCUGCCGGGGGGGGGGGGGGCAGUUUUCCUUAUUUGGCUUUAAAGAAACCUUGUAAACACUCUAGAAGUCACAAGUUUUGCCCAAUCAUCAUGAAAGUUGGUCAAAACAUUGGUUUUAUUGAUAUUGAGUUCGAAAAUGGUCCAGAUCGGUGAAAAAACAUGGCCGCCAGUGGGCGUUGCAUUUUUCUCUAUAUGUAUAUAGUGAAACAUGUGAACACUCUAGAAGUCACAUUUUUGGCCCAAUUUUCAUGAAAUUUGGUCAGAUCAUUAAAUUUUGUUUCCUUGAUAUGAGAGUUGAGUUCGAAAAUGGUUCCGGUCAGUUGAAUAACAUGGCUGCCGGGGGGAGGGGGGCAGUUUUCUUAUAUUUUUAUAGUAAAAAAAGCUUGUGAACACUCUAGAAAUCACAUUUUUGCCCAAUCAUCAUGAAACUUGGUACAAAUAUAUAUAUAUAUCACAAAAUUGAUGCCAUAAUUAUUGCCCUUAGAUUGUCCAAAUUUUCAUUAUACUAUACAAAAUCCUUAUAAACACUAGAGGUCACAAUUUUGUUUCAGGUUUUAUGAAUCUUGGUCAUAAUAUUUAUUUUUGUAAGCAAAGUUUGAUGUUUGGCAAGGGGGGUCACCUCAAAAUAUAGGGCACCAGGUCAAAUCUUACAAAAACAAAAACACUCCAUAUGCCAGAGUUUUGGUUCAAUAAUGAUGAAACUUGACCAGGAUGUUUGUCUGGACAAUAUCUAGGUCAAGUUUGAUGUUUGGUAAAGAUUGAAUGAACCGACUCCUCUCAGGUGAGCGAACUAGGGCCAUCUUGGCCCUCUUGUUUAAAAUUACAAGUGUGCUUGAAGUAUUUUGUAUGAUUCACAUGCAAAAUGUCGUUGAAAGAAUUUGUGAUGAAAUCCUGUCGAAGUGCCCUUGUUAUUUGGUCAGUAGUUUUCCAUAAACACCUUGAAAUAAUAUUUCAUUAUCCAUUUACUAUUUACAUUCACAUGUGUAAGUUAUCAUUUGGCACACAUGUAUGCUAUUUUUUUACUCUUGAUAGUUCAACAAGUAUCGUGUAAUUAUUCAUAAUUCAACUUUCACUGUAUUUCUAGAAAAUCUACCUAAGGAGGGAGAUGAUGCUUAACCAACAUCAACACAAAUAAUUUGUUUUAACGAAAUGUUUCUUUGUAACAUUUUGAGUUUGUAAAAGAUAAGAGCAAAGAAAUUGCAUUUAUUGCUUUUGGACAGACAGUAUAUAGUUUCCAUUCAAUUACAUAGUAGAUUGAAUAAUAUUUAUUCUUUGAAUAUUUGUUUUAAUUUUCUAUGCAAUGAAAAUGAAAUUUUCAGUACAUCAUUGCCAUGCAUUCCAGAAAUACUAGUAGUUUUAUGUAGCCUUGUUUCAAAGAGACAAUAGCCAAAUUAAAAUCUGAAAAUGCUCAAAUCGGACAUAAUAUACUAAAUACAACAUUAUAUAUAAUAUGUAUAAAAUGUCGAAUUGGGUUAAGUAUUACAUUUUACCAUAUGUUUACUAUCUGUGUAUUAAAUACAGUAGUUGCACAUUCAAUCCAAGGUUUACUGGACCAAUAGGAAACUUAUGAAAUCUAGAUUUAACAAUAUCAUCAUUAUUGUACACCAAGAUGUAGGUGUUUUUUUAUAAAAGGUUGUAUUUUGUCCCACUCGAUUAUUUUAAAACUUUUGAUUUAUAAUAGAAAUCCAUACAAUCAAUUGUCUUCUGUAAAGUAAACUCACCUGUUUGGAACAGUAAUGACAUAGACUUUUGGCAGAGUUUCAUUAAUGGUUCAAGUCUCUUUAAACCAAGUUCUGGAAAAAUGGGGCUUCAUGCAUAUGGGUCAAGGGUUGUCUCGGAUUAGCCUGUGCAUUUCCAACGGACUGCUAGCUAAUCUAGGACGACACUUAACGCACAUUUGUUAAGCAGAGUUUUUUUAAAUAGAUUAAAAGCUGUGUGGGUUUGCUUCAGCUGUGUUAUAUACCAUGACAACAUUCCUGCUUAUUGCUUUCAGUUUGUGUGUGAUUUUGUGAGUUGGAGAGUUAGAUUUAUCCCAUAAAUAUUGAAUUCAUCUUGUACAUUUGAUGCAAGCCUUAUGUUCAAACACUAAGUUGAUUCAGAGUUUUAUGUUUAGAUCAACACCAUUAUUUUCAGGGUCAAGUAUAUACUCUGCUAAUAUGUUCACUAAAACUUUAAUUUUCUUCUUGUUUUGGGAGAAUUGCAGUAUGUAUACUCUACUGAAUUUUUACCGACAUUAACAAUUUACAAAUUACUGAGUUAAUUGAUUACUUUAUUAUGAUUUCGAUUUCUUUUCUACAUUUUUUUUUUUGAAUUUAUGUGAAGAGUUUAAUAAAAAUUCUAUAGAAUUAAUGUUAUUUUAUUUUAAAGAAAAUUCAUAUAAAAAACAGCAACAUUUUUAGCAGAUUGAUAUGAAUGAAGCUUUAACUGGUUAUUUAUUCUUUAGUUCAAUGUGGUAGUGUUGCUGCAGCUGCUUGAAAAUAUGUAAAGCUUGUUUGUCCAUAAAAAUGAUAACAUAGCUUUUAGAACUGUCACUGCUUUGUGCGACAUUUGAGCUGUUUAAGUUGUUGUUUUUCAAAAUGUGUUUGCUUUUUCAUAUGUAAAUGAUUUUAUUAAAAUAUCUAAUGUAAAUAUAAUGUAAAUAAGUCAUCAACCAUAUAACAUUUGUGUGGUUCAUAAAUAUACACAUAUUACACCACUAAAUGUAUUACUGGUAUUUUAUAUUGAUUUUACUCCAUUUUAGAUUUCCACAUCAUUUAUUCAGCUUGUACACUCAUUCGUCAGUUUAAUUGAAAUUAAGAUAAACCUAUCAAAUAGGCCAUAAAUUUAUCAACAUUUAUAUUGAUGAAUAGUUUUGUGUAUUUGAGACAUGGACAAAUACUUCCAAGAGAUUGUUUUUUCCCUUUUAACAAAUUAAAAUGUUUAUUUCAUUACAUUUUCGUUAAAUAUAAUUAUGAUUACUAACUUGGUUUUUACUUCUAACUUGUUUCGUAUCUUACAAUAUAAAAAUUGAAACAUAUAUUUUAGCAAUUAAUAAUAGCAUUUGUAAUAUGUAAAUGACCGUUCUUGUAUUCUGUAUUGUUAAAGGUAAAAAGUAGCCAUUAGUAAACUGUUGUUCUUUCUUACUUUUUGUCCUGUUUUUGCUUACACAAAUCAUAUAUAUAAAUGACAUGCUUGAAAAAGGAACAAGACAAUUUGAUGUUGGUAGAGGUUUUGUUGACAAUAAAUUGGAGGGAUUAAUUUAAAUGAUAAUGCAAUUAAAUUGCAAAUUUUAAGUUGUGAGAAUGUGUGCACAAUAUACAGAUGUAUUUUCAAAUUAUUUUAGUUACACUUAGUUUUAUUGCUUAUCAUAUUAAUAUAAACACAUCCACAUAUUAAUAAGUAUGCCCAUUUGAUUCAUUUGAUCAUUUCACAUGCCGUGGUGAAUGUAAUGCCCUCAGUGUAUGCUACGAGAUUUUAUUAUACAUAAAAUUGUACACUUGCGAAAGGUGAUUUCACCAGGCAAUAUGUGUUAAUAACGUGUAAUUAUGUACUAAUAUAGAACCACCUAGUUCAUUUGUACAGUUCAUAUCUGAUCAGGUUGAUGUUAUACCCUCAGUGUACACUGAUAAUUUUAUUUCCAUAAAAUUGUACACUUGCGAUUGGUGAUUUGACCUCGAUCUUUUUUUAAAGAUUUAUUAUUUACAUUUUGUAAUGCAUAUUUUACAAAGUAUAUUUGAUAACAUAAUAUGUAGAUUUAAAUACAUGAAGUGAAUCAUUGAUUUAGCUAUGGUUGUGAGAAAAAAAAUUGUUUGGGAAUUUGAUUGGUGACAAUUGAAAGAAGAAAAUUUCAAUUAUUUCUGUUUAAAUGUUAUGAUCUGGUAGUGGUCAUUUUCCUAGAAAAAAUACUAGUUUGUUAUUAAAGAUUAGUUAAGAGGUAACUCCUUAACUCAUUUCUGAGUAUAAAGUCGCCAAUACGUGUGUUCUAAUCUGUCUAAAAUAUCUCCGUUUUAAUAUCCUCUUUAUGAAGUAGAUUAUUUAUUUUCUUUCUAAUAAAACCAUUUAAACCAUUUGUAAGUAAUGAAUACUAUUUUUUGUCGAUCGUUUCUAUUGACUUCCAUCAUAAUACUACUUUAUUAGAUUUUAAUGUCAUGAUACAAUAAGUACGUGAUAUUGAUGCAAUGUCAACAUUAAAAUGUCUAAACUGUUGUAGAAUAUAAACAUUCAGAUUUGCAUACAAUUUGCUUUUAUCUUUUUGUUUCUUUCUUUUAUUUUUAACUUUCGAGAUGUAUAUUUCAGGACUGGAAACACCAGUAUGUUGCAGCUAUUAAAUGAUUGCUUCUUCAA